UUCAAUAAUGGGCAAUAAACGCAUAGAAGCAAUGAUGAUUUUAGUGGUAGUUAUGAUGAUGUUCUCAUGGAGGAUUUGUGAAGCGGAGAGCUUAAGAAGACACACGUCAUCCUCAAGACGAGGAAGAUUUUUUAAGGUGAGAAGACCAAAUCCACUACAUCAUCAUCAUGGUUUCAUUGACCAUGAUUAUCCUCCAGAAAGUUUCUCAGGAUUUUUGCCCAAGACAAUGCCAAUUCCACGUUCUGCUCCUUCCAAGAAACACAACGUCUAUGGUUUACAGAGUACUAAGUCCCAAACAUAUCCAUGAUCUUUAUCACCAAGAUCACUUACACAUAUUAC